CCGAGUGAAUGUCGGAGAGCAAUGGCGGCGUGCCGGGGAUCCUCGUCCAAGUGGUUUUUCACCCGGGAGCAGCUGGAGAACACGCCUUCCCGCCGAGGAGGAGUCGAGCCGGACCGGGAGCUCUCCUACCGGCAGCAAGCCGCGAACCUGAUCCAAGACAUGGGCCAGAGACUCAACGUCUCUCAAUUAACAAUAAAUACAGCCAUUGUUUACAUGCAUAGAUUUUAUAUGCACCACUCGUUCACCAAAUUCCAUAGAAAUAUAAUAUCUCCCACCACCUUAUUCUUGGCUGCUAAAGUUGAGGAGCAACCCCGGAAACUGGAACAUGUGAUCAAAGUUUCACAUGCUUGCCUAAACCCCCAGGAACCGCCUCUAGACACGAAAAGUAACGCAUACCUCCAGCAAGCUCAAGAGCUGGUGCUUCUUGAAUCCAUAGUGCUGCAGACCCUGGGCUUUGAAAUUACUAUUGAUCACCCACACACUGAUGUGGUGAAAUGUUCCCAGCUAGUUCGAGCAAGCAAGGAUCUGGCUCAGACUUCCUAUUUCAUGGCUACCAACAGGUUGUUAUCCUGCCCCUCCUUUGUUGCACUUUGACUGCACACCAUAGCUUCCUGUAAUGCAGGGUACCUUUUCGGUGUCCAACGGGCCCUACUUGCGCUGGUGGUUAUUGGGACGCUUGCCUCUGCCCCAAAGCUUCCCUCCCUCGGUCAAAGGAAGCGGGCAGAAUGGCUUGUAGCGUUACCGGCCCCGGUUGCAGUGCGGUGUAUUGUACAAGGGACCAUAUGUUGGCACAGAUGGGUUGAAUGCAAGAUGUGAAGUGUAGUGGUGCGCUUGAAACCCACUUGUUUGUUCGGUUGCCAAAAAGUGCAUAAGUCUAAAAGAGAAAAACACUUUGGUAGCCUGAAUAGCAGCUAAAGAUUUCACGAUGUAAACAUUUCUCGUAGAGGUCCUUCCGCCUACACCUCACAACCUUCUGCCUCCAGUACAAGCCCACAGUAAUCGCCUGUGUGUGCAUCCAUCUGGCG